AUGGCUGCUGAAGCAUCGCAACCUAUUGAAACUCGUUUAUUCAUCAACAACGAGUUCCGUGAAUCCUCAGACAAGAAUACCUUCGAGGUCGUCUACCCCUACACCAAAGAAGUCAUCGCAAAUGUCCACCAAGCCUCCGUCGACGACGUGAACGACGCCGUCGCCGCUGCCAACGCCGCAUUCCCAGCAUGGCGCGACCUCGGCGUUGACGGACGUGCCCCGUACCUGCGCAAGCUAUCCGAGCUCUUCCUCGAGGCGAACAGCGAACUAGCUCGACUGGAGACACUAUGCACUGGCCGACCCAUCUCGUAUUUCAUCGAUGCCGGCCUGUCCUCCGAGCUGUUCCGGUAUUUCGCCGACGCAGUGUGGAACUCGCAAGGAACAGCGAGUACCUUUAACCCCGGGUUGAUGAGCAUAACUGUGAAGGAGCCAUAUGGCGUCGUGGGCCUAAUCAUCCCGUGGAACUUUCCACUAGCAAAUUUCAGUAUGAAGAUUGCGCCUGCCCUGGCAGCGGGUAAUACGGUUGUGUUGAAGAGCAGCGAGAAGGCGCCCUUGACAUCUAUCUUCGCCGCUAAGCUUAUCCAAAAAGCCGGCUUCCCUCCAGGCGUCGUCAACAUCAUCGCCGGUUACGGCAACCCCACCGGCGCAGCCCUGGCCGAACACAUGGGCGUUCGCUGCAUCAGCUUCACAGGCUCAUCACUAACAGGCCAAAAGAUCCAAGCCGCAGCCGCAAAGUCCAACCUGAAGCACUGCCACAUGGAACUAGGCGGGAAAUCGCCCGCAGUGGUAUUCGAAGACGCAGACCUCGAAGCCGCCGCUGCACAAACACAAUUCAGCAUCCAAUUCAACAGCGGACAAGUCUGCGUUGCGAACAGCCGUGUCUACGUACAAGAAAGUGUGUACGACAAGUUUGUCGCGCUGUUCCGCGAGAAAUUUGCCGCCGUUAAGCUGGGUGACCCACUGGACCCGACUACUUCGCACGGUCCACAGAUCGAUGCUGUACAGUAUAAGCGCGUGCAGGAGUACCUGGGUAUUGGACAGAAGGACGGAUCCCUGACGCAGGGUGGUGAUGCGAAUGAUGGGUUCUUCGUGAAACCGACUAUCUUCGAGAAGGUGCCAGAGGACUCGAGGCUGAUGCGGGAGGAGGUGUUUGGUCCUGUCGUGACGAUCAACAGGUUCACGACAGAGGAGGAGGCAGUGCAGAAGGCGAAUGAUACGGAAUUUGGUCUGUAUGCAUCUGUCUUUACGAAAGAUUUGGAUCGCGCGGUGCGCAUGUCCAAGGCAUUGCAAGCGGGUACGGUGGGUGUGAAUUGUACGAGCCCGACUAAUGCGAAGGAUGGGGCGUUUGGUGGAUAUAAGAUGAGUGGAAAUACGAGGGAGGGCAUGCUGUACAGCAUUGACGGUUUCCUACAGAUGAAGACUAUCUUGAUCAAGUCGGGAGAGGGCUCUAAAGGUCUCUUCUAG